AUGGCGGCGGCGGUGGCGGCCCCACUCGCCGCCGGGGGUGAGGAGGCAGCGGCCACGACGUCCGUCCCAGGGUCUCCAGGUCUGCCCGGGAGCCGCAGUGCAGAGCGGGCCCUAGAGGAGGCCGUGGCCACCGGGACCCUGAACCUGUCUAACCGGCGUUUGAAGCACUUCCCCCGGGGCGCGGCUCGCAGCUACGACCUGUCAGACAUCACGCAGGCUGACCUGUCCCGGAACCGGUUCCCCGAGGUGCCAGAGGCGGCGUGCCAGCUGGUGUCCCUGGAGGGUCUAAGCCUGUACCACAAUUGUCUGAGAUGCCUGAACCCAGCCUUGGGGAAUCUCACCGCUCUCACCUACCUCAACCUCAGCCGAAACCAGCUGUCGUCGCUGCCGCCCUACAUCUGCCAGCUGCCCCUGCGAGUGCUCAUUGUCAGCAACAACAAACUGGGGGCCUUGCCUCCCGACAUCAGUGCCCUGGGGAGCUUGCGCCAGCUUGACGUGAGCAGCAAUGAGCUGCAGGCGCUCCCCGCAGAGCUGUGUAGCCUCCCCACCCUGCGGGAUCUCAAUGUUCGGAGGAACCAGCUCAGCACCCUGCCUGAUGAGCUGGGGGACCUUCCUCUUGUCCGCCUGGAUUUCUCCUGUAACCGUGUCUCCCGCAUCCCGGUCUCCUUCUGCCGCCUCAGGCACCUGCAGGUCAUUCUGUUGGACAGCAACCCCCUGCAGAGCCCACCUGCCCAGAUCUGCCUGAAGGGAAAACUUCACAUCUUCAAGUACUUGUCGACAGAGGCUGGGCGGCGCGGUGGGUCUGCACUGGGGGACCUUGCCCCUUCCCGCCCCCCAAGUUUCAGCCCCUGCCCCGCCGAGGACUUGUUUCCGGGACGUCGGUACGAUGGUGGGCUGGAUUCGGGCUUCCACAGUGUUGACAGUGGCAGUAAGAGGUGGUCUGGAAAUGAGUCAACGGAUGAGUUCUCCGAGUUGUCCUUCCGGAUCUCAGAGCUGGCCCGGGAGCCUCGGGGGCCCAGGGAGCGAAGGGAGGAUGGCUCUGCUGACGGAGACCCUGAGCAGAUCGACUUCAUCGACAGCCACGUGCCUGGGGAGGAUGAGGAGCGAGGUACCGGCGAGGAGCCGCGGCCACCAGAGUCAAGCCCUGUGGCAGGAGACGGGGAGAGGGCACCGAGCAGCAGGCGGGAGGAGCCGGCAGGGGAGGAGCGGCGGCGCCCGGACACCUUGCAGCUGUGGCAGGAGCGUGAGCGGCGGCAGCAGCAGCAGAGUGCAGUGUGGGGGGCCCCCAGGAAGGACAGUUUCCUGAAGCUGGGGGUCAGGGCUGCUGGUGGGGGUACUGCUGCCUCGUCCAUUCAGGCCGCCUUCAACGGCACGUCCAGGUCCAAUGCCACCCAGCUGGGAGCAUCAGGGGGACAGGGAGCCCCCACCCUCGCCCCUGCCUCCACCUCCCAGGAGCCCCCGCUUCCAUCUGGACCAGCAACCGCACCUGCUCCCCGGCCGCUCAGCUCCAUUCAGAGACCAAACAGCUUCCUCUUCCGUUCUUCCUCUCAGAGCAGCUCAGGCCCUUCCUCACCAGACACUGUCUUGAGACCUCGGCGAUCCCCCCAGCUUUUGGACGAAAAGGAGGUGAUGGCUCAGCUGCGCCAGGUGCUUGAGUGCCAGCUGCAGCGGCCGCUGCCCGAUGACCUGGCCGAGGCUCUGGCCAAUGGGGUCAUCCUCUGUCAGCUGGCCAACCAGCUGCGGCCCCGCUCUGUGCCCUUCAUUCAUGUGCCCUCACCUGCUGUGCCAAAACUCAGUGCCCUCAAGUCUCGGAAGAACGUAGAGAGUUUCUUAGAAGCCUGUCGAAAAAUGGGGGUACCUGAGGCUGACCUGUGCUCGCCCUCAGAUCUCCUCCAGGGCACUGCCCAGGGGCUUCGGACCACCCUGGAGGCUGUGACGCGGGUGGGGGGCAGGGCGCCCCCGCCCCCCUGGCCCCCCUCGGGUCUGGGCGGCUUCAUCCUCUUCUACGUGGUCCUAAUGCUGCUGCUCUGUGUCGUCUACACUCGGCUCCUGGGCUCCUAG